GAUACAUCGAUUUGUUCGCAAAUCAGCCAACCAUUGCUAUUGCUUGUAGCGUGACAAGGAGAAUAUUUGCUCUGCAUAAUAUCAAAAGUGCGGCUAAUUUUCUCAAUUUCAGUUCAGCAUCACAAUCGCAUUUUCAGUUGAAUUGUGGUUGGAAGAAUAGUUCGAGUGUAGCUAGAAUGGAAGAUACUAUCUAUCAGUUUAAGGCGAAGACGAUUGACGGCGAGGAGGUGACCUUGGAUAAGUAUAAAGGCAAUGUGUGUCUCAUUGUCAAUGUCGCAUCUAAAUGAGGUUUGACGGCACUCAAUUACACGCAGCUGAGUGCCAUUGACAAGCAGUACCGCGAGAAAGGUCUUCGCAUCCUCGGCUUCCCCUGCAACCAGUUCGGAGGUCAGGAGCCAGGCACCGAGGCAGACAUCAAGGAGUUCGUCAAGCAGUACGACGUCAACUUUGACCUAUUCUCCAAGAUUAAUGUCAAUGGUUCAAAUGCGGAUCCUCUGUAUGUGUUUCUCAAAAAGAAACAAAGCGGGACUCUUCUCGAUGCGAUCAAGUGGAAUUUCAGCAAAUUCCUCGUGAACAAAGAAGGCGUGCCUGUGAACAGAUAUGGUCCGAAGACGGCUCCAAAUGACAUCAUACCUGACAUUGAAAAAUUGCUCUUAUAAAAAUAGAGUAUAGCUAAUGUGAAUUGACAAGAGUAGUUUUUUCGGAUUCAGAUUCAAUGUAUGGAUUAAUUAUGACGUCUCUGAGGCAACUUCUCUGGCGAGAAAUCUCACCGACCGAAACCCAAUCAAUCUGUCAUAGUUUCUUAUUCGCAAGAAUGCUCUUUGUUCUAUUUCUAAUACACGUGUAUAGAUUAUAAUUGAAUUUUGUAAAGCUAAUUGUUUUCAGCCGGUUUGAGUAGAUGAGAAGUCAUCUUGGUGCGUAAUUUUUUCCUGAGAGUUUGUGCGAUCCAAAGUUCCUAAAUUGACAGUCCUUCGAAA